UCCACCUCGCCGUGUGGCUAUGUCCAUCUAGAGAUCAUCCAAUGGUGGUUGGCUGCUUGGUCGCCAUCUUGGCGCGUUCCUGCUGGCACCUGGCCGUCGCCGCCGUCAAGCUCCCGGCGACCCUCUGCUGCGACGUGAUGCUCUCCACGGUCGCCUUCCUCACCUUCCCGCUCCGCCUCCUCGCCGCCGUCGACAGAGAGCGCAAGCUGGAUAGGCUGGUGAAGGAGAUGCAGCGGCAGAUGGAGACGCUGGUGUGGGAGAACAGGGAGCUGGAGGACAGGCUCAGCAUGGCGGUCAAGGAGAGCAAGGCCAUGGAAGAGAUUCUUGACGAGAUGGAGGAGGAGCACGACGACGCCAUUGCCAGGAUCACUCUCCUCGAGAGCCAGCUGAAGGCUGUCAAGCUGGAGAACAUGCGGCUCAACGAGCACAAGGGCAAGUCCAUGUGGGACAAGAAGCCGCCGGCCGCCGUGGUGGUGCACGGCAGCGGCGGCGGCGAUGGCAAGAACUUACCAACGGCCUCCAAGCCUGACGCGCGCCCGUCGAACACCAAGGACCAAGAAGACGACGUGGAGGACGCCGCCGCCGCCGCUGCACUUCAGGGGGAGGAGAGCGGCGGCGUCGCGCCGGAGGAGCCCUACACCCUGCAGAUGCGGCGGGGCAAGGCGGUAGCGCGGCGGCGGAGCCUGUUCAGCCUGGGCAUGUCGGCGGCGGUGGGGGCGGUGGUGUGGACGGCGGACGCGCCGUGCCUGCCGCUGCUGGCGGGGCUGUUCGCCAUGGUGGGCAUGUCCAUGUGCAGCGUGGCGCGCUUCUCCCGCAGCGCCGCCGCGCUCCGCCGCGGCGGCAGGCCGGCCCCCGACGACGCCGUCGCGCUGCUCAGCCUCAACUGGUUCCUCCUCGGCGUCCUCACCUCCCCCAUGCUCCCCGGCGCCGCCCACGCCGUGUUCCCGCGCGCCGCCCGCCUCGUCGGCCCGGCCGUCGCCUGGUUCUCUGCCACUGCGCCACUCUCAAGCUAGUGGCCGCGUACUAGUACACUAUAAAAACACUUGUAAAUUAAUACACUUUGUUACUGUGUUUU